UUUCUCCUCCGCCGUGCUGCCGUCCGCGCCAUCAGUGCCUCGCCCUCCAAGGCGUACCUGGUACAGCCGCGCUCCAUUACUACUCUCACACCCUCGGUGUUCCGUCCAAGGCAGCAACAGUGGUCAAUUGCCUCUUUUCAACGGAGAUUUGCUAGCGAUGAGGUGUCAAAAACCGACUCGGCUGAGGCUGCUGCCGCAGAAGCCUCCGAGAACUUUGCCCAGACAGCAGCGGAGGCGCCUGUUGAGGAUAACUUGACGCCCGCACAACAAGAGGCGCAGGCAGAGCCCACCGACAAGUCUGCCACUGUCGGCGCAGAUGCGCUCGAGGCUGCCGCCACCAAAUCUAGCCAAACCAGCCCGCGGGCCAGGAGGGAACGACCAGACAAGAAUAUUGAACCCCACAAUGUGCUUUACAUUGGUAACCUCUACUACGAAGUUACGCCAGAUCAGCUGAAGCGUGUCUUCUCUCGCUUUGGCGAUAUUGAGAGCAUCAAGAUCGUCUACGAUAACCGGGGUCUAAGCAGAGGUUUCGCCUACGUCGAAUACAAGAACGUUAGUGAUGCGCAGGCUGCUAUUGACAACCUCGACAUGCAGGUGUUUGAAGGCCGCAACCUUGUCGUUCAGUUCCACACUCCCAAGUAUCAGGCAAAGGGGCGCGGCCCUAAUGGCAAUGAGCCCAGCCCUCCAACCAGGACGCUCUUCAUCGGCAACAUGUCGUUUGAGAUGUCAGACAAGGACCUCAACGACCUCUUCCGCGACAUUCGCAACGUCUUGGAUGUACGUGUUGCCAUUGACAGGAGAACCGGCCAACCGCGAGGCUUUGCUCAUGCAGACUUCAUCGACGUGGCCAGCGCCACCCGUGCCAGAGAAGUUCUCAAGGAGAAGGUCAUUUAUGGCAGACAACUCCGCGUCGAUUUCAGCAAAUCCAACACACAUACACAGCGUGAGGGUGGGAAGCGCCAGGAUUCGUUCCAGGAAUGA